AUGGCGUCAUUCAGAAAGGUCGUCUUGGCUGCCAUCAUCAAGAGCUUUCUACGAGGAAAGACCCUGCUGCAGGCUAUUCUGACGUAUUGGAUCAGUCCUCUCAGUUGGAACGAGGGCAAGGGUCGCUUCGUCACCACCAAGGCCCCCCUCACCACCGUCCACGAAUUUCUCAAGACCGCUGAGACGGCCUUUCUCGGCCCCGUCAGUGGCCAUGGCCUCAACCGCCUGUCGGCAGACCUCAAGCGGCAAUAUCUAGACUGUCUCGAGUCGGACAUGCAGUGCAUGCUACCGUCAUUCAACCACCUUCUUCCCACCGGUGACGAGGCGGGUCAGUAUCUGGCUGUAGACGUUGGUGGCUCGACCCUGAGAGUUGCUGUCGUCGAGCUCUUUCACAGCCAAGACGACGCUGGUCGUCGCCGUCACGAGAACCGCAUCGUCAGUAUCCGCAGCUUCUUCAUCAGCCAGGCCAUCAAGGAUCUCGAAGGAGUUGCUUUCUUUGACUGGAUGGCCACACGUAUAUCUGAGACGCUAGCUGCCACUGACUUCCAGGGCGACGGCCCUCUUACUAUGGCCCUGGCUUGGAGCUUCCCCAUCGAAGAGACUCCCAGACAAACAUCACUCCGUUCUGGCAGGUUACUGGGCAUGGGAAAGUCCUUCAAGGCGAGCCGCGGCCUGGUAGGUCAGGAUCUGGGCAAGAUCAUCGAAUCCUCUUGCAAGACCAUGAGACUUGAAGUCACAAUCGAGGCCAUCAUCAACGACUCAAGCGCCUGUCUCUUAUCUCAGGCCUACACUCACCCUUCGACACGUUUCAGCCUCAUAUUGGGAACCGGCUUCAACGUCGGUGCCUACCUCCCUACCCCGCUCAUCGGUCGCCGCAAGUUUGCAUCCUACCCGGCCGGGUGGCUGGAACGUGCUAGUCAUACCAUUGUCAACACGGAGCUGAGCAUGUUUGGCCGCAACGCCCUGUCCCUCACAAAGUGGGACAUCCAGCUGUUAGACGGUCAUGCCAGGCCCGAUUUCCAACCUCUCGAGUACAUGGUCAGCGGCAUGUAUCUGGGAGAAAUUGCCCGGUUCGCCCUUCUCGAGGCCAUCGAGACGACCGGCGCCUUUGGCGGCAUCGUGCCGCCGUCGCUCAUCAAGCCUUACUCGCUUGGUUCCGACACUCUGUCCAUGAUUGAAAUGGACACAUCCGACGAUCUCCUCAAAGCCUCCGCCAUCUUCUCUGAGCGCCACCCGUCUCCCCACACACCCACGACCGAGGACCUGCUCCUCCUCCGCUCGCUGGCCACCUAUAUAUCGCUCCGUUCCAGCGCCCUCGUGGCUGCAGCCGUCUACACGUUAGAUCAAGUGCGCGGCGAGAGCCACAGGUCGUACGUUGCCACCCUCCCCGAGUCGUCCCCUCUCCGGCGCGCCGCCGAGGCCGAUCUCGCCCUCGACGAGACCGUCGUUGCUUUCAACGGCAGCGUCAUCGAGAACUACCCCAACUACCUGCUCAACUGCCAACGGUACAUUGACGACCUCGUCCGGGGCACUGUCGGCACAGGACCGGGGUCGGUAGCCUCCAUCAGGCUGGUCCCCGCCAAAGAGAGCUCGCUUGUUGGAGCGGCCGUGGCGUCGGCCUGUGUAAAGAGCAAUGCAUAA